AUGGACACACGACUCACUUUUGUAGUCGAACAUCUUGACCCAGAGCUUGGCCCAUGGUCUGCCCUGGAGUACCAGAACAUUGCUGAAGAAUCACGAACCGCUGGUUGCGACUUCAUUCUGUCUUCCGUUCCCGCAGCUCUGCUACAAAGCGAUCAACUGAAGCGUACUGGUGCCAAUGCUCGAAGUGACGCUGUAGAGACGUAUUUCGCCGAGAAGAAGGACAGAAUCUGUUUACUUGAUCCAGCUGCAAAACAAGAACUCGAGCCAACAGACGCCAAGAAUUUUGAUGUCUUUCUAUUUGGAGGAAUUUUGGGUGACGAUCCUCCACGAGACAGAACGAGCGAACUACGAAAGAAAGGCUUUACAGGUCGAAGACUUGGUCCAGUCCAGAUGACCACCGAUACUGCUGUAAGGGUCACCCGUGCAGUCGUCCUAGAAGGAAAGGAGCUCAACAAAAUCCCAUACCUUGACUUUCCAGAAUUGAAGCUAGACGAACACGAGAGCACAGAGAUGCCUUUUCGAUAUGUGAAAGAUAACCAUGGUCAACCCAUCAUGCCUCAAGGUAUGCUGGAGCUCAUCAAGGCUGAUGCUGACAAAGGGUUUGACGCUCUCGAAUUCACGGACGAGACGGAAGGUCUUAGUAAUUUGACCACGAAAGACUCAUGA